GUGAUAAGCUGCUCGUUUCCAGUCCAUUAUAUCCAUAGAUAAUACAUAAUAUUAUGUAUUAUCUAUGAUUAUAUCUUAGUCCGUGGAUAUUUAGAUAUUCAGAUGAUGACAUUAUUGAGUAUUGACGGUAUUUCCAAUUUCAUCGGUGUUGAAUUGUUAAAACUUGAAUACUCAAUAUUUGAACGUUGAUAUUAUCAUAAUAUAAUAAUAUAAUUUAUAAUAUUCAUAAUAUAUGCUAGUAUAGUAGUAUCCAUCACUAGUCAGUGUCUCUUACGCCAUGCCGUCGCCGAACAUGAUCUCCGAACCGCUCGACGUCAGUUUUGUCAUCGAAGAGCUAGAAAACGACGAGAUCCAAGAAGGCUGUCUGACGGCCGAACAGUACACCAAACUGUUUUCUGCAUACUUGUACACCAACGAACUGUGUGCUGCAAAGUUCUUAUGGCGCCGUGUGCCCGAACCGGUCAAGGCCGAUCCCGAAUUACAUAAAGUCUGGUCGAUUGGCAAAGCCCUCUGGGCAAAACACUACACACAAGCAUAUGAACUGAUUGACUGCAAAUGGUCUAAUGUACUGGAGCCCAUCAUGGUUGCAAUCAAGCGUCGCAUCCAACAGGACACAUUGAAAUUCAUUAGCAUGCACUACGAAAACAUACAACUUGACAAAUUUCAAACGUUCAUGGGGGUAGACAAAGAACAAGCAGAAAGAAUAGUGGAGAGUGAAGGUUGGACAUGUAGAAAUGGAUAUGUCUUGCCGAUAGCAAUCAACGAACCCGAUUUGGGACUAGGUGGUAGUCAAGAAAUUCUGGACAGAUUAGUGACUCUAUCAUCAUUUACGUCUUAUAUUGAAAAUUGAAUCAGUUUUUUGUUUGUGUAUUUAAUCAAUUUAAGGCUGAUCCUAACCAGUCUACUAAGAUAUCUUGGUUAAAAAUUAAUUUUAACAAAUAAUGUUUGUGUCAAGUGUAUAAAAAUAUAAUCUAUACAUAAGGAUAAUAUUAAA